AUGUCAACGCCGACAACAACAUCCAAAUAUAAAAUCAAUGGCGAGGUCAUCGAUACCGUUGCAACAUCCCCACUGAUGUACCACCAUCCGCUGCAUCAUCAUAAUCAUCAUAACCAUCUCCAGAGCAGCUUGCAGCAACAGCAGCAUCAGCAGCAUCAGCAACAUCAUCAGCAACACCAGCAGCAGCAAAAGUUGCUCCUGCAGCAGCAGCUACUGCAGCAACAUGUUGCCAGCAGCAGCUCACCGCUGCAACACCUGAGCAAUCUAUUUGGUCAGCAUUUGCCUACGCACAGCCUGCAGCAUUUGAUUGCCGCCGAAUACUGGCAGCAACAACAACAACAACAUACAACUGCAUCAACAAUUAAAAGCGAGCCAACAACUCAAUCAGCGGCAACGUCGGUCUUUAGCUUCACGCCGCAGCAACACGUCAAUUUUGCCGCCUCAUUAGUCGCAUUACAGCAAAAUGAUGCCCUGCCCGAGGCAACAAUGGCAACAUCAUCACUACCAGCAAUCACAGCAACAGCAACAGCAGCAGCAACAGCAACAGCAACAGCAGCAACAACAUCAGCAGCAGCUACUUUGCAGGCGCCAACAGCAACACAAGCCGCAACAAAAAUUGACCGCGAAAAAGACAUCGAUGAUGAUGAAGAUGGUGAUGGUGAUGAUGAUGACGACAACAGCAACGUCAGCAACAACAUGCAAAAUGCAGGCGUUGGUGACUUUAAAUUCGAACCAAAUCCACCGACUGUGGAUGAAGGCAUCCUAACGAGCCCCGGGGAGAACAAAGUCGGAACUUUGACUGCUGUUGACACAAAUAUGCGCGAUGUCAGCGCAAAUCACAGCAUCUCCCUGGCAUCCUUCGCAUCCUCUGCCUCCGCUUCUGGUUCCUCCUCCUCCACCAAGUCCUCCUCCUGUACGCCGCUAUCCUGCCAUUCCCCCAUCCAGCAGGAUGCUGGGACAGGAGACAAGAAGCUAACGCUCGAAUUGAAGUUGCAAUCGUGUGAUGAAUAUGUCGAGCAGCCAAAGGAUAAAGGAGCCGAACAACGGCUGCAUCCAGCUCAGAUUGCCAGCAACAAUGCUUCGUCGCCUCUGCAGCUGAAGCAGGAGAGGCCAGAGGAUGGGGCGGAGGAGCUGGAGGAGGCAAGGAACCAGGAUCUGGACCUGCAGCAGGAUGAUGAUGAGCGAGAGGAAAAGGACCUCGGACUGACCGGAGCAGCAGUUGCGCUCUAUGGGCACUUGAACAACGCCGGCAAGGACGUGCGAGAUUUAGAGCAGUGUCUGAAAUUGCAGGACCCAAGUGAUAUCAGUCGCCUGUCGCGUUCGCCGUCGCCACUGCAAUCGAAUGCUUCCGAUUGUGAUGACAAUAACUCAAGUGUGGGCACUUCAAGCGAUCGCUGCCGAUCUCCCCUGAGUCCUGCCUUGUCCCUGACCCACCAGCAGGCCAAGCGCCAGCUGCUGAUGCAACCACAUCCGGCCCACCACCAUCAUCAUCAUACAGCGCAUCACCUGAACCACCUGAACCACCAUCAGUACAAGCAGGAGGAUGACUAUGAGGAUGCCAAUGGUGGUGCUUUGAACUUGACCAGCGACAAUAGCCGUCACAGCACACAGUCGCCUGCGAAUUCGGUGAAAUCGGUGAAUGCCUCCUCACCGGUGCCAGCGGUUAUAUCAGUGCCCUCACCAGUGGCGCCCAUGAUCUCGCCAGUUCUGCCACCGUCCACGAUUGGGGGAGGAGGAGCAGCAACAGGAUUGGGAGGUGGUGCCACUCCCCCAACUUCAAUGGCAGCUGCCGCAGCAGCAGCCGCUGCCGCCGUGGCCACUUCGAUGGCUUCUGGUGGUGGUAUUUCCCCACUUUUAGCCCUACCGGGCAUGUCCUCGCCACAGGCUCAACUAGCGGCCGCUGGUCUUGGUCUAAACAAUCCCCUGCUGACGGGUUCCCUAUCGCCACAGGACUUUGCCCAGUUCCAGCAAUUGCUGCAGCAGCGCCAACUGGCUCUGACUCAACAGUUUAAUAGCUACAUGGAGCUCUUGAGGAGUGGAUCACUGGGUUUGUCCCAGGAUGAUCCCGCACUAACCGCUCAGGUGGCCGCCGCCCAGUUCCUAAUGCAAAGUCAGCUCCAGGCUUUGAGUCAAGCCUCCCAGCAGUUGCAGGCUCUGCAGAAGCAGCAGCAGCGUCAGCAGGAGGAGCCACUGCAGCUGAAUCAACACCACAAGAUGGGGCAGCAACAACAGCAGCAAAUCCAGCAACCCCGCAGCUCCACUCCACACUCCGCAUUGCGUAGUCCCAUUGCUAUUCGUAGUCCCGCCAGUUCACCCCACCAAAUGGGACACCAUCAUCCCCUCCAGAUCACACCGCCCAGUUCGGCAGCCAGCCUCAAAUUGAGUGGCAUGCUGACACCCAGUACUCCCACCAGUGGCACCCAAAUGCAAAAUACACCCAGCACUCCGCAGCCCAAGACAGUGGCCAGUGCAGCGGCUGCCCGAGCGGCAGGUGAACCCUCACCGGAAGAGACCACCGAUCUGGAGGAACUGGAGCAGUUUGCCAAGACCUUCAAGCAGCGUAGAAUCAAGCUAGGAUUCACCCAGGGUGAUGUUGGAUUGGCCAUGGGUAAACUCUAUGGCAAUGAUUUCUCGCAGACCACCAUUUCACGCUUUGAGGCCCUCAAUCUGAGCUUCAAGAAUAUGUGCAAACUGAAGCCGCUGCUUCAGAAGUGGCUAGACGAUGCCGAUCGCACCAUCCAAGCCACCGGAGGUGUCUUCGAUCCCGCUGCCCUCCAGGCCACCGUGAGUACGCCCGAGAUUAUUGGUCGCCGGCGCAAGAAGCGUACCUCCAUUGAGACCACCAUACGCGGUGCCCUUGAGAAGGCUUUUAUGGCCAAUCAGAAACCCACCUCCGAGGAGAUCAGCCAACUGGCGGAUCGUCUGGGUAUGGAGAAGGAGGUGGUUCGUGUGUGGUUCUGCAAUCGCCGUCAGAAGGAGAAGCGCAUUAAUCCCUCCCUGGACAGUCCAACGGGAGCCGAUGACGAGGAGUCGUCCUACAUGAUGCACUAAGAGUGAAGUGGAGGUCACCACAUUUUAGGGACAAAGACAGUGCAAUGUGCAGAGGAGGAAUGCUAAGCAACACUAUGUGCAGGUUCAAAGACGCAAACACAUCAAAUACUAGCUUAAUUCUGUCCUUAAAUUAGGUAUCAAAUCCUAAAAAAAAGACAAUUCACACACAAGAAAAUUGGGGUUUGCUUAUGUUAACUAUUAAUGGUAUUUAUUGUAACGUAUAAUUGUAAUAUAAACUUUAACCAAAAUAUAGCUAAUCAAGUCAACAUUUAUCAAGUGUUCACUUGAUCACCUGUAUUUUGUAAUCCUUUAAGGAAAUGGUGCUUGUAUAGCCUUUGAUAGGCUUAUAAAUUCCAUUUCCUUAUGGAUCCGUACUACAUGGCGUAUGUGUAUUAUUAAUAUUUAAGUACAGUCUCUGCACAAUUUUCAAAGUCAAACCUAAUGAAUUCCUAGCGAAUAAUUUAACACAAAAAAAAACUAAAAAACAAAAAGAAGUAGUUUAGUAUCUAAGCAUAUUUAUUUUUCGCGUGAAUACUGUGAUAAUCAAUUUGAAUGAUUUUAAUUUUAAUUAAAGAAAAAACAAGAAAAGAAAGCAAAAAUAAGAACCUAGUUGUAUGUUUGUAUGUUAUGGGCAAGUAAACUAACAAAACAAGUAAACAAGAAAACAUUAAUUUAAACUUAAUUCAGCGUAUUUAUGUGUAAAA